GCGGGCGCAGCGGCCUCGGCCCUGGGAGCGCCCGGGCAGCAGCCCUCUGUCCGGCGCGGAGGAGAAUCCGAGCAGCCCGCGGUGGGCAAGGGGCCGGGCCGGAGCCGGGCGGCGGAGCUGCCGGGUUCUUCAUGAUGAAAGAUUUGGGGGUGCUUCUCUCUCCUCUAGGUAGUUGGUAGCUUGAGUGGUGAAGAGAUGGCUGACAGUGUCAAAACCUUUCUCCAGGACCUUGCCAGGGGAAUCAAAGACUCUAUCUGGGGAAUUUGUACCAUCUCAAAGCUUGAUGCUCGAAUUCAGCAAAAGAGAGAGGAGCAGCGUCGAAGAAGGGCAAGUAGUGUCCUGGCGCAGAGGCGAGCCCAGAGCAUAGAGAGGAAACAGGAGAGUGAGCCACGUAUCGUUAGUAGAAUUUUCCAGUGCUGUGCUUGGAAUGGCGGAGUAUUCUGGUUCAGUCUCCUCUUGUUUUAUCGAGUGUUUAUUCCUGUACUUCAGUCAGUAACUGCCCAAAUUAUUGGUGAUCCAUCUCUACAUGGAGAUGUUUGGUCGUGGCUGGAAUUCUUCCUCACGUCAAUUUUCAGUGCUCUUUGGGUGCUCCCCCUGUUUGUGCUCAGCAAAGUUGUGAAUGCCAUUUGGUUUCAGGAUAUAGCUGACCUGGCAUUCGAGGUGUCAGGGAGGAAGCCUCACCCGUUCCCUAGUGUGAGCAAAAUCAUUGCUGACAUGCUCUUCAACCUUCUGCUUCAGGCUCUUUUCCUCAUCCAGGGGAUGUUUGUGAGUCUCUUUCCCAUCUACCUUGUUGGUCAGCUGGUUAGUCUCCUGCAUAUGUCCCUUCUCUACUCACUAUACUGUUUUGAAUAUCGUUGGUUCAAUAAAGGAAUUGAAAUGCACCAGCGGUUGUCAAACAUAGAGAGGAAUUGGCCUUACUACUUCGGAUUUGGUUUACCUUUGGCUUUCCUCACAGCAAUGCAGUCCUCAUACAUUAUCAGUGGCUGCCUCUUCUCCAUUCUCUUUCCUUUAUUCAUUAUCAGCGCCAAUGAAGCAAAGACCCCUGGUAAAGCUUACCUUUUCCAAUUGCGCCUCUUCUCCUUGGUGGUUUUCUUAAGCAACAGACUCUUCCAUAAGACAGUCUACCUGCAGUCUACCCUGAGUAGCUCAACCUCUGCAGAGAAGUUCCCUUCACCACAUUCGUCUCCUGCCAAACUGAAGGCUGCUGCAGGCCACUGAGUCACCUGCCAUCCAGGGGGAAUGAGUGGGAUUGGAAGGAGGCUGUGCACCUCUUUCCUCUCACCUCCCCUACCAGGGAAGGCAGGACCCACUCUGCCAAGGGCCCUCUGCAUAUUCCCUUCUGAGGAAUUGGGAAUUUUGUCUCUGGUGCACGUAAGGCACAAUCCUCCUGACACCGGUAUGUGGAUUUUUAACACCCGUGAGUCUGAAAGGACCACAGGUUUUUCUGCAGCUCUUUUCUAGCAUUUGCCAGCCCCUGUGCCUGGACUGAUUUGAAUAAUUUUUCUCCCUGUGCCAUUUACCCUCCACUUGCCCUUCCUGCCUUCCAUCACCCUUGGAUGAAUGGAUUUUGUAAUUCUAGCUUUUGUAUUUUGUGGACCUGUUAUUUUUGUUGUUUUCUGUGAAGCACAUAUAUUGGAUGUGGGAGAUAAGGGAGUAUCUCAGUUGCUCCUGGUCACUCCCUUUAUAGCCAUCACUGUCUUGUUUCUUGUAACUCAGGUUAGAUUUUGGUCUCUCUUGCUCCACUGCAAAAAA